AUGGAGACCAAACGCGCAAGGGCCGCCUCCGUCGAUGGAACGGAGAGCACCGCCGCCGCCCGCGCAAGGGGAGGCGGCAACCCAGAUGAUGCCGUGGCGGCGCCUACGGAACGGGACGAGGCGUCGGAGCUGCUGAGGCUGCUCCACGGCGUCGCCGGCCGGAUGGACAAGCUGGAGAAGUCCCAAGUGAAGCUCGAGAAGCGCCUGGAGACGCCCAAACAAGAUCCCAAGUCCAUGGUGGUCAUGAGCCUCUUCGAGCAGCGCCACGCGGACGUCGUGGUCUACGAGACGGGAAUGUCCGAGCUGCAGAGACUCUUCGCGGCGGAGCACGCCGACCAUGCUAACCUAGAGUCGCAGCAACCACCUGCAGCGCCGGAGCCAGCUCAAGCACAAGCCACUCCUGCGCAGUACCAGCCCCAGAACCAGGGCGGGGCAUUCCGAUACCCGGACGCCCGCCAGAAGAAGCUUGCGAUCCGCCCGUUCGACGGCAAGGAGCUGUACGUCGGGCUGGGCUCCGGCUUCCUGGACUGGGGCAGAUGGUUCGAGCGGCAGGUGGUGCUCGAGCAGUCGGCGUGCGGCUUCGCGUGGUCGGAGGACGAGAAGGUAGACCUUCUCAGCCACUACCUGUCGGGUACGGCCGAGAGGUAUUACAACAAGCAGGUGGACACGUGGUGGAACCAGCUGCCCACGUUGCAGUGCGUCAUGGAGCGGAUGUUGAACGCGUUCAAGAUAAACUUUACGCCCGCCCAAGCCAUGAAGUUGUUCAUGGCGCCGAAGGACACCAAGCAAUCCUGGUCCGAGCACUACAUGUACCUCGUCUCCGAGGCUACGGGGAGCGGCGCUGACUACUCGGACCACACCAAUGAGCGCAGCGAGACGCGGAGCUGCCACGAGUGCGGCCGUGUCGGACAUCUACGUGCAGCGUGUCCAGACCUCAAGAAGCUGGGGGACGUCACGUUGGCCGUCGGCGAGCACACCGGUGACACCACCGACCCCUGGGUCCUGGACAGUGGUUCUAGCUGUCACCUUGUGAACGACGAGUCGCUCCUCGAGGACGUGGAGGAGUGCAGCGACGAGUGCGAGCAACCUAACGGCGAGCCGUUGCACAUCACCAAGCCCGACAAGGUGAUGCUGCGUGUCACGGCGUGCGGUGAGGAGCAAAUGGUGGAGCUCACUAACGUCUACUUUGUGAAGGGCGUGGUGCAUAACCUGAUCGCUUACGGGAUGAUUGACAGGCAAGGCUUCGAGCUGACCCAGCGUGCCGGGCGACGUGUCGUGGCGGCCAAGGACAGCGAGCGCGUGGCGUUUGACGUCGAGAUACAGAGCAACGUCUUGGUCAGAGGCGCGAGCUGCCAUCGGACGUGA